CUCAACCUUUAAUUAUUUUUUUUAUCAAAUCGGUUCGUAAUGUUUUUCAAGUACCCUGUAGUUUCGUCGAUUCUUUUGCUUCUUUUCUUAAUAUUCAAUGAUGCCGAAAUUGUUGAGAAUAAAAAUGCCAUAGUAGUGAAAAAACAUCAUAAGAGAUUGAAGAAAAUAGACGGGGGUAUUAAGCUCGUAGGAGGUAGACAAGAAUUUGAAGGAAAUAUUCAAAUUUUACAUAAUGGUACAUGGGGAUCGGUAUGCGACGACGAAUGGGGCGAAAUGGAAGCAAGGGUUGUGUGCAAACAACUUGGUUACAACCCUGAUGAUGCCCAGCCUACAGCAAAUAGUUUUUUUGGGAUCGCCAAGAGAAAAUUUUGGCUUGAUAACGUAAACUGUAAUGGAACGGAAAAAGAAUUACAGGAUUGUCGAUCUGAACCAUGGGGUCUUAAUGACUGUAACUAUUCUGAAGCUGCUGGUGUAAUAUGCCUUCAAGUAAAUAGCACAAUUAUUGAGUCAAAAACGAUUCAAAAACACUCGAUUUUUACCAAGAGACCUUUUUUACAAACCAUUAGAUUAAAAGGUGGAAGAAUACCAACGGAAGGAAGAGUUGAAAUCCAAGACGACAAUGGACAAUGGAAUAGUAUUUGUAGUGAAGGCUGGUCUCUCAAAGAAGCACUUGUAGUAUGCCGAUCGCUAUCCCUAGGAUAUGCAAACGAUGCACCUCAAACAACAUAUUUUGGUGGACACCUGAGCAAAUUUAGCAAAAGAGGAAUUGUAUGUAUGGGAAACGAAACAUCUUUUUCGGAGUGCUUGUACAAUUCCGAACUUACAGGAACUUGUAAAGGAGAAGAAGUUGCUGGUGUAUCCUGUACUCAGUCGUUAGCAGAUCUUAUCAUAGACUAUAACGAGUUAAUUACAUCUUCAUACCUAGAGGACGCACCAAUGCUUGUCUUACAAUGUGCUAUGGAAGAAAACUGCGUGGCUUCAACGGCUUAUGAAAUACAGAAGGAAAAUGAGCACUCCUCCCAAACAAGACGACUCUUGAGAUUUACCGCUAAAAUUUUUAAUGGAGGAACAGCGGACUUCAGACCGUCCAUUCCAAAACAUUUAUGGGAAUGGCAUAUGUGUCACAUGCAUUUUCAUAGCAUGGAAAUUUUUGCAACAUUUGACAUCUUUAAUCACAACAAUCAGAAAGUUGCGGAGGGUCACAAAGCAUCGUUCUGUUUAGAAGAUAAUCAGUGUAUACCUGGCGUUGAACCGAGAUAUGCCUGUGCUAACUACGGAGACCAAGGAAUAUCCGUAAAUUGUUCGGAUAUCUACAAACAUACCGUCGAUUGUCAGUGGGUCGAUAUAUCUGAUUUAGAACCUGGCAACUAUAAGAUAAAGGUGACCGUUAAUCCGGAAUAUAAAGUUCCCGAAAUGACGUAUGAUAACAAUGCUGCUGUUUGUGAUUUCAUUUAUGACCGAUCCAGGGGAAUUGUGAAGAAUUGUUAUUUAACAAGUCCAUGAUUUGUAUUUAGAGUAAUAAAUAAUUUAAUGUUAAGUGUAAAAAUUGUUUUGCUAUCAUAUUAAAAAUAAAUGUUAUA